AUGAAGUGGAGGUCAAUGUUCAAUCGCGACAAUGAUGGAGCGACACGCAUGAUUGAUGAAGCCAGCGCUCUAUUACCGUCCCACAGCAGCGAACACAUCCCUAGCGCUGUCCCGGCCAAAGAGGUCACGAAAAUUGCCCUGCGUCUCAAGCAUCAGAUUGAACAGGUCAUCCCCUGUGAGCUCGAAGAGGACAGAAUCACUGCCGCCCAUUCCAAUGUCAUCACUCCAUCCGUCGUCGAAACCGCCCGCUCCGCUGGCAAAUAUGGACGAUCCGGUUCUUCUGAUCAGGACUACUCUGCCUGUGUUGUCUUUUGCUUGCUGAUCUGCAAGAAAUGGUUCAAGCGACAGGCUCUGCUGGAACUCUGGGAUGCUGACAUGCAUGAAGUCCGGGCUGUCGCCUGUGAGGUGAUCGCUAAGCAUAUCAUCGAAUCCGAGGAAGACGCCGGCUUUCUGCUGCAAAGCAUUCUUCUCAAGAGAUACAGCAUUGUCAUUGACGGAGAGGAAACUGCUCCUAACAAUGUCAUCGAAAAGGCUGUUGACUUGCAUGCUCUCAGAGUCAUCGGAAGCUCGGGUUACCAGAAAUGCAUUACCUAUCUGUGGCGUGGUUGGUUGGUUCAAGACGAAGAUGACCCGACUCGCUUCAUCGACUACAAGCUGAAGACUUCAACGAGUUACUGGGAUCAUCUUGACCCUGAUCGUAUGCGAGCGCCUCUGUACCAGAAUGCCCUCCAGGUAUUCAUCAGUCUGCUCUAUCUAGGAUUUUAUACUGGUGCCAUCAACACUAUCAACCCUACUGGUGACCUCGACGUUAUUGAAGGUCUGCUUUAUAUCUUCACCCUGGGCUUUGUCUGCGACGAGCUUGCCAAAUUCUGGAAGGUCGGAAAAUACUACUUUGGAUUCUGGAACACUUUCAACAAUACCUUGUACGCACUGUUGACCGUCUCUUUCGUUACAAGAAUGAUCGCUCUCGGUCACCGUAUUGGAACAGAAGAUAGAAACAAGUUCAACGAGCUCAGCUACAACUUCCUGGCUUUCUCGGCGCCCAUGUUCUGGUGCCGUCUCCUGCUCUACUUUGACACCUUCCGCUUCUUCGGCACCAUGCUCGUUGUGCUCAAGGUCAUGAUGAAGGAAUCGCUCAUCUUCUUCGCCCUUCUGUUUUUUGUCAGUAUCGGAUUCUUGCAAGCAUUCAUCGGUCUGGAUCAAGAAGAUGGCAAACUGGACGCUACCAACUUUGUCGUUCAGGCCAUGAUUAACGCCGUCAUGGGAAGUCCUGAAUUCGAUGGAUUCGACAACUUUGCUCCUCCUUUUGGCUUGAUCCUCUACUACAUCUUCACCUUCAUUGUCAUUGUCUUGCUGUUGAAUAUUCUCGUUGCCCUUUACAACAGUGCCUAUGAAGACAUCACUGACAACUCUAUUGACGAAUACAUGGCUCUGUUUGCACAAAAGACUUGCCAGUUCGUGCGUGCACCCGACGAAAAUGUAUUCAUUGCACCUUUCAACUUGAUCGAAUUGGUCUUUUUGGUCUUGCCUUUCGAAUGGUGGAUGGACAAAAAGACCUACGAGCGUCUGAAUGACUAUGUCAUGGCAACCAUCUACAGUCCUCUGUUGAUCAUCACCGCCGCUCUGGAAACAAGAAUGGCCUACAAAGUGCGCUUCAACCGCAACAGAGGAGAGGUAGAUGAAGACACCAUCGAAGAGUGGGAGCAGCUAGACGGUGAAUUUGACUUUGAAGGCGAUGGCUGGGCCAAGAAGUGCGACGAAACCAAACCCAAUGUCGAGGUCGACAGCACCCUCGUUGAGGUCAAGGCGUUGAGAAAAGAGAUUGAAGAGUUGAAGGAGAUGCUAAGGAGUCUCAAGAAUUGA